CGCAGACUCCAGCCCAGACCGGGAGAAGGUGAUCGAGCUUCGGCCUCAGGUGCAUCUCUGAGGCGGGGCGACGCGGAAGGUCCAGGUGUUGUGGAGGCAUGGACUGCAACUGCGUCAGCGAUCUGCUGCUCCCCCCGGUGCCCGCCCUUUGGACGCCAGGGUUUGCCUUCCCGGACUGGGCCUACAAGCCGGAGUCGAGCCCUGGUUCCAGGCAGAUCCAGCUGUGGCACUUCAUUCUGGAGCUGCUGCAGAAGGAGGAGUACCAGGGUGUGAUCGCUUGGCAGGGAGACUACGGGGAGUUUGUCAUCAAGGACCCAGAUGAGGUGGCCCGGCUGUGGGGGAUUAGGAAGUGCAAGCCUCACAUGAACUACGACAAGCUGAGCCGGGCGCUGAGGUAUUACUACAACAAGCGCAUUUUGCACAAAACCAAAGGGAAGCGGUUCACCUACAAGUUUAACUUCAGUAAAGUGGUGCUGGUGAACUACCCCAUCCUGGACAUGGCUAACUCUCCCUUCUUUCUGGCCCAGAACCACUUUAACGGGGGCUCGGCUGCUCCGGACUGCAGCCCAGAGGCCAUACAGUCCCUGUUUCCUCGUUUGCCAGACAGCGGCAGAGGAACGUCCCUGUUUGAUCGGGGCUCUGCACCGCCGGGACCUGAAGGAGACAAACUGAGACUGGACACAUUCCCUUUCCUCGGUUCAGGUGCCCCGUGUUACUCCAAACCCCCUUCCCUGCUGGGCCCGUAUCCCCGCAACCCGCCCUUUGACUACCCUUGGAGUUUCAACCCAUACCUCCCAGGGGCCUUCUCUCUCAAUAACUGCCCCAAACUGCCCCCUGGAUCCCUCUACCCCUCCCAGUUUUACCCCAACCCUCUGCAGAGCAGCCUUUCCCAGCUGCCUCACCCCUUUUCCUCAUUGCUUCCCCCUGGGGAGGCUGCCGGAGGUGAAAGGGGAGCACCGGGGCAGACUGGCGGGACAAACGGCACGGCGGGUGGUCAGCCAGCUCGGCUCUGCCUGCCGCCCUACCCAGGCAGCCUGCCGAUGGGUCGGACUGACAUCGGCAAUGGGGCGACACUUGGGGAGAGGGAGAGGGUGGAGGCAAACCCUCCCAGCACAGGCCUGGGUCUGGGUUUGGGAGCCAUCAGCCUCGGAGCCGGGACGGGCCAGCAGAGCCCCACUGAGAGGAGGGGCGGCGUGAAGCAGGACCCCGAAUCAGACUCAGACCUGGAGAUAACGGAUCUGAGCGACUGCAGCUCGGACAACGAGAACGAGCAUGACUUUGGUAUCGGGAAAGAGUCCAGUCUGGUGAGCCGGUCACCGCUUGUGUUGGAUGGAAAGAAAGGGAGCCUGCUUCCUCCUAUCACCUCACUCCCCCCACCGGUGUCUCCUCAUCCGUUGAAGAGCCUGAUGCCCCUUACUCCUCCACCUCCUUCCCUGCCUCCAUCACUCUCUCCCUCCAUGGCUCUGCAUGACAGACACAGGGAGGCAGAGACUCUGAAAAUGAUCCACAGCUAAGACAUUUUCUGAUCACCAUGACCGGUCUACGCUCUGAUAACUCUCUUCUUCGUUCCUGUUGCGAUCACUCAAAUCUUUGUUCACUUCUGAUUAUUAUUUUUCCAAGUGAAGCACUUCAGUCCCCCACUUCUGAAACUGCUCUUUUUCUGUUUGCUGUGUAAGUUUUUUUAUUCAUCACAUUCUCGGGACUUUAUAUAUAUAUUCAUAUUUAAGUACGUUUAAAAUAUAAUUUAUUAAGACAUAGUCAAAUGUUGCCAUCUAGUGGUUGUCUUAAGCAAUGCUUUUCACAGGCUUUAACUUAAUGCAGUCUCUUUUGGUAAGUAUUCACACCACCUGAACUUUUUCACAUUUCGUUCCACUACAAGCACAAACUGUUAUUGUAUUAAUUCUUGAUUUUUUUUUAAAAUUGCAAGUUUCAAAUGCUUCUACAACUGAAAAUCCAAAAAGUGUUGUGUGUAUGUGUAAUCAGCAGCCCUAAAUUUAACAUUUUAAAAUCACUGUUCACUGCAAUCACAGCUGCUGGUCUUUUGGAAAAUGUUUCAACCACUUUACUCAUCUUGAGUCUUUUUUUGUCACUCGUCUUUACAACAUAUUUCCAGCUCGGUCAGACUGAACAGAGUGCAUUCAUUAAACUAUCACCGUAAAUACAGGUUUAAACAAUUGAUCCACACGAAUCUGAAUCAUUCUGUUGUACCUCUGGUUGUGUGGCUAAAGUUGCUGUGCUGUUAGAAGUUGAAACUUUGCUCCAGUUUUAAGUCUUUCGCAACUUGUAGGUUCUGUCAGAGGAUUGACCGUAGUUUAACUGGACCAACGUCUCUGUCCCUGCUGAAGUUCUGAGCUCUUCGUAUUAAUUUGAUGACAUUUGAAGGCUGCUUGCUGCACUGGAUUUUUUUUAAAGAUGUCAUAGUAAAGGAGGAUUAAAAAUAAAUGCACACCACACUUUUUCAAAAACCAUAAUUUUUUUUCACCUAUUCAUUACUUUGUGUUUGAUCAAAAAACAUUUUAAUAGAACAUCUGGAAUUUUCUAAUUGCUAUGGGACUAAAUGUAAGAAAAGGUGAAAGGAGUUUUAAUAUGUUUUUAACACACUGUAGUCUGUAUAAACUCAUCCUCCAAAAAUAUAUAUAUAUAUUUUGUUUGUACACUCAGUUUUAAGUGUUUUUAUUCAAAUACAAAAGUUACAUUAUAUAUUCAGUUUCAACUGUAUCACUCUGUGAAUACUUAUUUGUUGCUGCAUUUUUACCAACAGGAAUGAAAAAGACAGAUGGAGGCUGGACCAGUUUAAAAUUUGUAUGAAUAUUUCUGUGUAUAUAUUUUAAUAUGGUGUACAUGACAUUUAAUUAUCAUUCCUCUAUGAUAAGAUUUAUCUGUAUUGUUGUGAUUUACUUCAGUAUUUAAACAUGUUGGAAAAUUAUAAGCGUCAGUGUAUCAAGGUUUAAACUAUUAAUGGAAGAAGAUCUGCGAUCUGAAAGUGAAGAAAGAGCUCUAGCUUAUGCUUUUUGAUUUCUGAUUUCCGUCGACCCAAAUUCCAGUAAUUGUCCACUUUCAUAAUUUUUACGACUUGCCCAGUGGGGAAAAAAACCUUUGGAUUUCAAAAAAAGCAUACUGGAAAAUGUAUUUUUCUAGUUAGCAUUAAGCCAGUAUGAAGCUAUUGUAAUUAGUCAAAUAUUACUGUUAUUGGUCUUUGGAUCUUUUUAAAUCAUCCUCAAAAAUCUGCUUUGGUUACUUUUCAGUCAGUGUUAUUUUUAUUUUUUUCAUCUCUGCAGAAACAGACCGUUUCAAAACAUUGCAAAAAAAACAAAAUAAUUAUUUCUCUGACACUGUUGUACAGUUUCUUCAUUUUAGCUGCUAUUGGUUUGCCAGACAGUGUCACUUUCAAGGAUCCGUUGUAAAAGCUCUAUUGUAAACUUACUGUAAAGCUUUAUGUUUUGUUAAGUUGUUCCAGGAAAGGUCACAAGUCACCCUUGUGUGAAAUACCAAGCUGUAAAUACUGUCUCCUUCCUGUGUGUGUGUGCGUGUACACAUCACAAAAUGAAAAUGCAGUGAGUCUACUGAUCAUCUUUGUUUAUUUUACUGUAAAGAGGGAAAAAAUGAAUUUGCAAAAAGAAAAAAAAGAUUAAUAUCUUCAAAAGCAAUAAAUAUAAUUCUGGAUAGCA